UGCACCCUUUUAAACUUGUCUUGUGUGCUUUGUAUUUUAUAGUUUGCUUGUUUGUUUUUUGUGUUUUUCCUAUCAGUCAGGUGAUAAAUAUCUUGAAAUAACCUUAUCAUAAAAUUGAGUUUUUCCAGCACUGUGAUUGGCUAAUCUACAUGAAAUACAUGCUGCAUUUUUUUAUUUUCUACCCAGAAACGAGUGCAAAAAGCUUUGAUUGGCUGAAAUAGCGUGCAAAAAACUUUUUUUCUUCCGGAUUAGUUUGCUGUUAAACAAAGAACUUUGUGAACCAUAACUGAUAUUGUACAAUUAUAUUAUGUACAAGUAUAUCAAAUACAAUGAUUUAUAAGUUAUCGCAUUUGCUCUUGAAAAAUAUUGAAAAAUAUUACCAGUGAUAUUGAAAGGGAGUAUUGUAAUUAUAUCACGCAUCCUAGAGAAACAACGAAAUUGUUAGAUUUGUAAUAACCAUCUGACUGGAAACUAUGAUUCCAAUAACCAGAUAUGGCACAGGAUAACUAGCUAGAUGGAUACGAUACAUUUUUCUUUGAAAGAUUAUGAACUGUUUUGGGGAGAAUAGAAAAUGAUUGUGUUGUGUUAGCCAAUAAUAAUUCUUCUAAAAACUGAGAUUUUUGUAAACUAAAUUCGUCAUCUUGCUGUGUUUUGAUUUGAAGCUACCUUUGCUAUUUCUUUAACAGUGUUCCCAAGUUAACUAAAUUGCAGUGGAAAGAAACAUGAAAGGAUAUAUGACGAUUCUUUCCUUUCCUGGAGAGGAGAUCUAGGAUCUGCGAAGGAUAAUUGAUACAUGCGCGGUAAAAACAUGUUUAAAAAGAGCGUUUUUUUUUUUUGCUUAACUAAAAUUUUUAUAUUUAUCUUUCCGACGCCAACAAAUACCUUAUAAGGAAUAGGAAAGAAGUCUUUAAAUGUAAUAUUAUAUAUCACUAAUCUUAUAUCCAGAUAUCGUUUUUCAUAGGAUGGGGUCAUGUAAUUCCUGUCACAACUGGUGGACGUUUAUUCGCCGUCAUGAUAUCAUGCAUCGGGAUUCCUUUGACAUUCAUUAUGAUUCUGUCAGCUUCACGCAUCAUUGCGAAGCAUGCUUUCGAUUUUGUAUGUGUUCUGCAACGAAAAAGGCAAACAGAUUAUGAACACACUAAAGUUUCAACGAUAGCGUAUUUGGCUUUCAUGGUUGGUUUGUUUCUAUUCUUUUAUUUAAUUGGUUCGGUGUUGAUAAUGAAGAUUGAUAAAUUCUCAUAUGGCGAUGCCCUUUAUUACAGCUUCAUAACUCUGUCAACAAUCGGCUUCGGUGAUUUUUACCAAGCCGAAAUGUUUGAAAGCGAUCACCUUGGAAAACAAGUGGGCAUGACGUUGUUUAUGUUUUUCUGGGUGUUGAUUGGCUUAUCAAUUACUGCAUCACUGGUUAUCGUCAUAGCAUCAGUAAUAAAACUACCGACUUUGUCAAAAUCGAAAGUUGAAAAAAAGCCCAACAAUGAAAAUUUAAUUCAAAAUGAUGAAGAUCAAUGUUAUAUUUGAACAAGAAAACUUACAAGAGUGAAUUAUUUUUUGUCGAAACUCUACUACAUUUUACUAUCAGCUCUAAUUUUGUCAAAGUGCGUACUCGCGAACAAGGAAACUCGUGAGCUAAGCGGACAUUUCAGCCAAAUAAAAACGUGCCUGACGGCAUUCCGGCAGCUUUCCAUUAACCUUUUUGGGGUUUGUUCGAGCUGUUCUUCAAAUUGUAUGAUAUGGUGCUAUUUGAUAAUGACUUUUGAUAAAGCUUAUUAUAAAUACCAAAUAUUUGAAUAUUCUUUUAACCUUAGAUGGUUUUAUUAUGUAGAUUUGUAUUGUUACAAAAACUUUCGCAUUUGUAAUUUGUCUGGUUUCAACACAUAAUUACAAGACA